AUGGCUCGGGCUUCGUCUUCCCGUCGCUCCACGGUGCUGCGCUUCCGGGGCUGCGCGCACUUUCGUCAGCGUCUAGUAUGCGCUACUCUGAGCGGUCGACCAUUGAUCAUCGAGGAUAUCCGUUCAGAAGACGAGAACCCUGGCCUCACAGCGUUCGAAGCGAGCCUAUUGCGGCUACUGGACCGCGUGACAAGCGGUAGCCACUUGGAGAUCAACGAGACGGGCACUAAGCUCAAGUUCCAACCAGGACUUGUACUAGGUGGCCGUAUAACCCACGACUGCGGCACUGGACGCGCCGUCGGCUGGUUUCUCGAAGUUCUCGCAGCUCUCGCACCUUUUGCCAAGCUGCCACUGCACGCGACGCUGGACGGUGUGACCAAUGACCAUGUGGACAGUUCGGUGGACAGCUUUAAGGCAACAACACUGCCGCUGCUGCGGCAUUUCGGACUGGAAGAAGGGCUGGAUCUAGUGGUCAAGAAACGCGGCGCUCCGCCGCUUGGAGGUGGACAGGUUAUCUUCCGGUGUCCGCUGGUUCGUCAGCUUAAGGCUAUUCACCUGGUGGACGAAGGCUUCAUCAAGCGUGUACGUGGCGUCGCGUACAGUACGCGCGUGUCCCCGCAGACGUCUAACCGCAUCGUGGAGACCAGUCGCGGCCUCUUCAACAAGCUACUUCCUGACGUCUACAUCUACUCAGACCACUACAAGGGCAACGAGUCCGGGCAAUCUCCAGGGUUUGCACUGAGUUUAGUGGCCGAGACGACCACAGGAGUCUUCCUGGGUGCAGAGGCCGCUGCCGAGCCUGGAGACCUACCAGAAGAUGUGGCUACACGAGCUUCGCACGCUAUGUGCGAAGAGAUUCAGAAAGGUGGAUGCGUGGACUCGACCAACCAAGCUCUUGUGCUGUUGCUCAUGGCUCUCGGACCAGAAGAUGUCGCCAAGGUGCGUGUGGGAAAGCUCACGCCCUACAGUAUCGAGUGUCUACGUCAUCUACGCGACUUCUUCGGCGUCAUAUUCAAGAUCAAACCCGACCCCGAGACCAAGACGGUGUUGCUCUCAUGUCUGGGUGUGGGCUUCAAGAACUUGGCCAAGAAGGUCACCUAA